CAAGUCCUUUGAAUUGUCAUUUGUGUAUUGCAAACUCAUGGCUACAAUAAGAUUUACUGUCUCUUUCCAACUCCCCAAGAGCUCAAGCCUCGAUUGCGAGAGCUAUUCUGGUCUAAAAGCUAGGACGGCGAGGAUUAGCUAUCCCCAAACCAUAGCCACUCGUCGACACCAUCUUCUCCAAAUAGCAAACGAAGAUCGUUCUUUGGUGGUGAAUGCUGUAGCUGGGGACAUACCUAUAAAAAGGUACCCAGGAGAACCGAAAGGGUUUGUGGAGGAGAUGAGGUCCGUAGCGAUGAAAAUGCACCCGAGAACACAGUCAAAAGAAGGAAAAAGAGAGUCCAUAGCUCCCCAAGACACUCCUGUUGCGACGUGGAAGUUCACAGUGGAAGGGUACUUGAAGUUUCUCGUGGACAAUAAACUUGUGUUCGACACGCUUGAAGGGAUUUUAAACGAGUCUACUGUCCCAACUUAUGCUGCGUUCAAUAACACAGGAUUGGAAAGGGCAAAUAGUUUGGCCAAGGAUUUGGAGUGGUUCAAGGAACAAGGUUACGAGAUUCCUGAGCCACAGGCGCACUGUAAAACAUAUUCUCAGUAUCUAAAGGAUAUAGCAGAGAAUGAUCCACCAGCAUUCAUCUGUCAUUUCUAUAACAUCUACUUCGGACAUAGCGCUGGUGGUGGUCGAAUGAUUGGAACAAAGGUAUCUGAGAGGAUACUCAACAAUAAAGAACUCGAAUUCUAUAAAUGGGACGGCGACAUUUCUGAAUUGUUGAAGAACGUGAGUGAAGAACUGAACAAAGUCUCUGAGUUGUGGACGAGAGAAGAGAAGAAUCAUUGUUUGGAUGAGACAGAGAAAGCGUUCAAGUUUUAUGGGGCGCUUCUUCGCUCCUUGGUGUCCCCUGAUUUGUAAUGACCCUCUGGUGGCAAUGCACAAGUAGGGGGAAGGCCAUCAAGAGUAUGAAAAUCAAAUUAAAAAUAAUUGGACUAAGUCUCCAUUCACUUUUUUAUUUAUUGCAUAAUAAUAUAUGAAGUCUAUGUGGUUACCGAAAUGUAGGAACCUGAUUUCCUUGUUGUUUCUUUCACAUUUCCACGUUUGUUGCAACUAAUUAAAGUUCCAUCAUUCUAU